AUGGCGAUAGAGCGCUGCGCAGCCGCGGCGGCGGCGGCUAGCGAGCGGCCCGCCAGCCCAGUGGGUGGCGCAGGCCCUGCGGGGACCGCCGCACCGGGGCCCGCCGCGCCCCAGACGCGGCUGCUCACCCUGGAGCACGGCGAGCACAAUGACUCAACACUGUACCGGUUUGAAAAAGGCUGCUAUUUACAAUUUUGUCCUGGGCCAUCUUUACUUGGGCGAAAAGUUUUUCUCUAUACCAAUUAUGUGAUGUCUGAUAAUCCAGAAGACGAUAAGAGCAAUGAGCAAGCGGAGUUCAUCCGCAAUCAGUACCAUGGACUGGAGUGGUAUCGCGAGGCCGAGGACGAGGCCGAGGCCGCGCCGCUCGGCACCGGCCUACUGCUCACCGACACCGACUUCUACUGCCAGCUGCGGCUCGCGCGUGCCGGCUCCUUCCACUACUACUUCGUCUACGACAACGCGGAGUCGUCGGUGGGCCCGCAAGGCUCGGGCUGGUUCCAUGUGGCGCCGACACUGCGCGUGGGUCCCGGCGGCCGCGACGAGAUCCCGUUGGACGGCAUUAUGUGUCAUACAGUACUGGCCAAGUGUCUGGGGCCGCUGCCGCGCUGGGAGGCCGCGCUGCGCGUGUCACGCGAGGCCGGCUACAACAUGCUUCACUUCACGCCCGUGCAGGAGCUGGGCGCGUCCCGCUCCAGCUACAGUAUCGCCAACCAGCUGCGCCUCAACCCGCAGUUCGGCGCCGACGCGGGCCGCGAGCCCACUUUCGCCGACGUCGAGAAUAUCGUCUCGAAGAUGCGCACCGAGUGGAAGAUGCUGUCCAUCUGCGACAUAGUGCUGAACCACACGGCCAACGAGACGCCGUGGCUGAGCGAGCACCCCGAGGCCACGUACAACUGCUCGAACUGCCCGCACCUGCGGCCGGCCGCGCUGCUGGACGCGCUACUGGCGCGGCUCACGGCGGACGUGGCGCGCGGCGACCUCGAGGCGCGCGGCGUGGGCCGGACUGUGACGUCACACGAACACUUGGAGGCGCUGCGCGUGUUACUGCAGACGCAAGUGUUGCCGGAGGCGCGCCUGCACGAGAUGUACAUGUGUAACGCGACCGACCUCGUGCAGGAGUUCUACUUCAUGGCGCGCAACAAAGUGCCGGCCCCGGCAGCAGUGGGCGCGGGCGCCGGCCUGGGCUCCAGCUCUGAAGGCGCGGGACCUGGCGCGGGCGCUGGUGAGGGCCCUGGCGCAGGCCCCGGCGCGGGCCCCGGCGAGCUGCGCCUGCAGCCGGACCCUCAGUACCGGCGCCUGCGCGCGACGGUGGACAUGGACUGCGCGCUACAGCUCUACAACGUAUACAGAGCGGAAUGUUACGACGAAGAAUCGCGGCUCAAAAAAUGUUGUGAAGAAUUCAAGCGCAAAUUGGAGCAGCUGAACGAGGCCGCGGCGGACACUCUGCGGGAGCACCUGCGCGCCGCCGUCGACAACGUCAUCGCGGGCAUCAGAUACUAUCGAUUACAAUCCGACGGACCGAAGAUCGAAGAGGUCAGCGCCAAACAUCCGCUGGUACCCAGGUACUUCACGUGGGCCUGCAGCGUGGAGACCAGCUCGUUGGCCGAGCUGGAGGCCGCGCUGUACUCGGACGCCGGCCGCCUGUGCAUGGCGCACAACGGGUGGGUCAUGGACGCCGACCCGCUGCAGGACUUCGCGGCGCGCGCCGCCGCCGCGCGCGUCUACCUGCGCCGCGAGCUCAUCGCCUGGGGCGACUCCGUCAAGCUGCGCUACGGGGACAAGCCCGAGGACAGCCCCUUCCUGUGGGCGCACAUGCGCGAGUACGUCGAGCUCACGGCCGAGGUGUUCGACGGCCUGCGCCUCGACAACUGCCACUCUACGCCACUACACGUGGCGGAGUACAUGCUGGACUGCGCGCGCAACGUGAAGCCGGACCUGUACGUGGUGGCGGAGCUGUUCACCAACUCCGACCACGUCGACAACAUCUUCGUCAACCGACUGGGCAUCACUUCGCUCAUCCGUGAGGCGCUGAGUGCCUGGGACGCGCACGAGCAGGGCCGGCUCCUGCACCGCUUCGGAGCGCGGCCCGUGGGCGCCUUCCUGCGGGGCCCCCGCCGCGCCGCCGCGCCCCGCGUGGCCCACGCCAUGCUGCUGGACCAGACGCACGACAACCCGUCCCCGCUGCACAAGCGCACCGUGUUCGACGUCCUGCCCACCGCCGCGCUCGUGGCGGCCGCGGCCUGCGCCGGCGGGUCCACGCGCGGCCUGGACGAGCUCGUGCCGCACGCCGUGCACGUGGUGGACGAGGAGCGCCUGUACGCCGACUGGGGCGAGCCCGAGCCCGAGCGCCCGCGCGUCGGGCCCGACACCGGCCUCACGGCGGCGCGCCGCGCGCUCAACGAGCUGCACGUGUGGCUGGCGCGCGCCGGCUACUGCGAGGUGUUCGUGGACCAGAUGGACGCCGACGUGGUGGCCGUGACGCGCCACGACCCCGUGUCGCGGCGCUCCGUGGUGCUGGUGGCCUUCACGUGCUUCGCGCCGCCGGCCGGCCCGCGCGCGCCGCGCCCGCUGCGCUUCGAGGGCGACCUGGAGGAGAUCGUGCUCGAGGCCUGUCUGCGCCACGUCGACCACAAGUCGGAGGGCGACCCGCUGCGGCUGCCGGGCGCCUUCAGCCCGCACCCGCGCGUCAUCUCCGGCCUGGCGGCGGACUACGAGUGCAGCGUGCGCCGCGCCGUGCCGCUGGCGCAGUCGCACGUGUUCCACGCCGCGCGGCCCGACGGCGCGCACACCGAGCUCGCCUUCCGCGCCAUCCUGCCCGGCACCGUCGUCGCCGUCCGCGUGGCGCCGCGCGCGCCGCAGCGCGCCGCCCUCGCCGCGCUGCAGCGCUCGCUGGCCUCGCCCGCCGCGCUGGGCCUGGCGCCGGCGCUGGCCGAGCUCGAGCUGGUGGACUUCAACGCGCUGCUGUACCGCUGCGACGCCGAGGAGCGCGAGGCGGGCGGCGGCGGCGUGUACGACGUGCCGGGCCACGGGCCGCUGGUGUACGCGGGGCUGCAGGGCGUGGCGGCGCUGCUGGCGGCCGUGGCGCCGGCCGACGACCUGGGCCACCCGCUGUGCGACAACCUGCGCGCCGGCGACUGGCUGGCCGAGUACACGUGGCGCCGCCUGGACGCCGCGCCGCGCCUGCAGGCCGUGGCGGCCCGCUACCGCGCGCUGCUGCAGCCGCUGGCGGCGCUGCCGCGCUUCCUGCAGCCGGCCUACUUCGAGGCGCUGGUGUCGGCGCUGUACCGCGAGGUGACGCGCGCGGCGCUGGCGCGACUGAGCCCGCCGCGCGGCGCCUUCAGCCGGGCGCUGGCGCUGACGAGCGUGCAGCUGGUGGGCGCGGUGCCGUCGGCGCCGCUGCCGCCGUGCUCGCCGGCGCUGGCGCCGCCGCGCGGGGCGCUGGCGUCGCUGUCGGCGGGGCUGCCCCACUUCGCGGUGGGCUACAUGCGCUGCUGGGGCCGCGACACCUUCGUGGCGCUGCGCGGCCUACUGCUACUGACGGGCCGCUACCAGGACGCGCGCAUGCACAUCCUGGCGUUCGCGGCGUGCGUGCGGCACGGGCUGGUGCCCAACCUGCUGGACGGCGGGCGGCGCGCGCGGUACAACUGUCGCGACGCGGCCUGGUGGUGGCUGCACAGCGUGCGCCAGUACUGCGCCGCGGCCGGGCCCGCGCUGCUGGCCGAGCCGGUGGCGCGCCUGUUCCCGGCCGACGACGCGGCCGCCGCGCCGCCCGGCGCCGCCGACCAGCCGCUGCACGACGUCAUGCAGGAGGUGCUCGACGUACACUUCCAGGGGCUCGUAUUCCGAGAGCGGAACGCCGGUCGCACCAUCGACGCUCACAUGUCGGAUAAAGGCUUCAACGUGCAGAUCGGGAUCGAUCCCGAGACCGGCUUCCCGUUCGGGGGCAACGACGCCAACUGCGGGACCUGGAUGGACAAGAUGGGGUCGUCCGAGCCGGCCGGCAACCGGGGCAAGCCGGCCACUCCGCGCGACGGCAGCGCCGUGGAGCUGGUCGGGCUCGCGUACAGCGUCGUGUCCUGGCUGGGCGCGCAGCACCGCGCCGGCCGCUACCCGUACCCCGGCGUCGUCCGCCGCCAUCGCGACGGCAGCCUCACGUCCUGGACCUUCGCGCAGUGGGCCGAGCGCAUCAAGCACAACUUCGAGCGCCACUUCUGGGUCCCCGUCGCGCCCUCCGCCGCCGACGCGCGCCCCGACCUCGUGCACCGCCGCGGCAUCUACAAGGACUCGCACGGAGCCUCGCGGCCCUGGGCCGACUACCAACUGCGCUGCAACUUCCCCAUCGCCAUGGCCGUCGCGCCCGAGCUCUUCGAUCCCAAGCACGCGUGGCUGGCGCUCGACAACGUCGAGAAACUGCUGCUCGGGCCGCUCGGAGUCAAGACGCUGGAUCCCGCCGACUGGGCGUAUCGCGGAGAUUACGACAAUUCCAAUAACGGAGACGACCCCAGCGUCGCGCAUGGAUUCAACUACCACCAGGGACCCGAGUGGGUGUGGCCUCUCGGCUUCUAUCUGCGCGCGCGGCUCGCCUUCGCCCAGCAGGCGGGGCGUCACGCCCGCACUCUGGCCUCCGCCUACGCGGCGCUGGCGCCCCUCCUGGCCGAGCUGCGCACGUCGCCCUGGCGCGGCCUGCCCGAGCUCACCAACGCGGGCGGCGCCUACUGCGCCGACUCCUGCCGCACGCAGGCCUGGAGCUCCGCCACCAUCCUCGAGGCCCUCCACGACCUGCAGCAGGCGGCCCGCGCGCGCCCGCUGGCCGCCGACUGA